GUCCGUUCUCUCCCUCCACGACAUCACAGCGCGCGCUGCCGUCGCCGUCGCCCUAAUCCACCAGCAGCAGUGCCGCCACGUGCGUGCUCAUUUCCUUGCAGCUGCCGGGUUGCAGCUGCCGGGUGCCCGGCUCUGCCUUCGUCAAGCACGCGGGGCCUCUUUCUUGUUUCUUCCCGUCUGGUCCAACCCUCCUCCUUCCCCUGCCCCUCCCGGCGCUUCCGAGGAGGAGAGGGCUCUUCAAUUCCCCAACCGAUUCCAACCCCACCCGGACCCGGGUACACUACAGCGACGCGCCUGCCACUUCUCCUUCCACCAAGUCCUCGCUCGCCAGCCCGCGCUGCAGCGCUCGUCGUCCGAUGGGGUGCUUCGCGUUCAGGAGCGGCGGCAAGAGCGGCAGCAGCAGCAGCACGUCCUCCAGGCCGCAGCAGCACCCGCGCCCGGGCGCCCGGACGCCGCCGGCCAAGUCGGCCCCGGCGUCCACGUCGUCGUCCUCCUCCUCCUCCGGCGCCGGCGCCGGCGCGCAGAGCAACACCAAGGCGGCGGCGGCCUCGGCGCCCGCGGCGGCGUCGUCGGCCACGCCCACGCGCACCAUCCAGGAGCUGUCGGAGGAGCGGGGCGCCCAGCGCCUCCGCGUGUUCGACCUCGACGAGCUCGGCAGCGCCACCAACGGCUUCAGCCGCGCGCUCAAGCUCGGCGAGGGCGGCUUCGGCUCCGUCUACCGCGCCUUCUUCCGCUCCGCCGCCGGCGCCCGCGUCGUGCUCGCCGUCAAGCGCCUCAACCAGCGCAGCCUCCAGGGGCACAAGCAGUGGUUGGCUGAAGUCCAGUUCCUGGGUGUUCUUGAGCACCCGAACCUCGUAAAGCUGAUAGGCUACUGCGCCGUGGAUUCAGAAGCCAGCAAGCACAGGCUGCUGGUCUACGAGUUCAUGCCCAACAAGAGCUUGGACGACCACCUGUUCAACCGAGCUCACCCUCCGCUUUCAUGGAGACUGAGGCUGCAGAUCAUGCUGGGCGCUGCGCGGGGCCUGGAUUACCUCCAUGAAGGAGUGCCAGAAGUUCAGGUGAUCUACAGGGAUUUCAAGGCAUCCAACGUCCUUCUGGACGCUGAAUUCAAGCCGAAGCUGUCGGAUUUCGGCCUCGCAAGAGAGGGUCCAACAGAAGGGAAGACACAUGUCUCCACCGCGGUGGUGGGGACGCACGGGUACGCGGCGCCGGACUACAUCGAGACGGGGCACCUGACGGUGAAGAGCGACGUGUGGAGCUUCGGCGUGGUGCUGUACGAGAUCCUGACGGGCCGACGCUCGCUGGAGCGCAGCCGCCCCGCGGAGGAGCAGAAGCUGCUGGGGUGGGUGCGGCAGCACCCGCCGGACGGCGCCGGGUUCCGGGCCAUCAUGGACCCGCGGCUGGGCGGGCGGUACCCGCUGGCCGCCGCGCGCGAGGUGGCCAGGCUCGCCGACCGUUGCCUCGGCAAGAACCCCAAGGAGCGGCCGGCGAUGAGGGACGUCGUCGAGGUGCUCGAGCGGGUUGUGCAGAUGGAGCCGACGACUACGACCGCAGACAAGAGAGGAGGUGACGGCAGGCUGCCGGCGAAGAGGUGACGGACGGCGGCGGCGGCGGCGUUGCCGGGAUACGCCGCUCCGUCGUCCCGUUCUGGCCCUCCGGGUGUGUUCUAACUUCCGAAGUUUGUAUGUAUCGGAAAGUAUACGUCAGGAGAAACGAACAAUUUCCUGAACAGGCUAUAUACUACAUGUGAG